AUGCACCCAGAAAACCCCUUCUAUGAGAUCCGCGCUCUCCCCGGCAAAGGCUACGGGUGCAUCGCGCUUGCCGACAUCCCGCGCGGAACGCGAAUCCUCAGCGACACCGCGCUCCUCAGCGUCCCCGUCGCAGCCUACCUCCAAAGCGACAUCGUCAAAAUAUUCGACGCGCUCCCGCCCGCGUCCCAAGUCCUCUACUACACCCUACACUCUGCGCAUGGCCAGCCGCUCUCCGCCUGGCCCACGCAAAUCCACUCCAGCGUACCGGUGCUCGAGCGCCGGCGCAUCAUCGAGCAGCACGGCGCGCGCACCGGCACGGAGCCCACGCACAUCUCGAUCUUCCAGACCAACUGCAUGGAGAUGGGCGCCGGGGCGGGCGUGUUCGUGCACGCCGCACGCUUCAAUCAUAGCUGUGUCCCCAACGCGUGUUUCUCGUGGAACAGCGAUACGCAGCGCGAGAACAUCCAUACCAUGCGCGACAUCAAGGCCGGCGAGGAGGUGCUUAUUAGUUAUGUGGAUGGGGAGCAUGAUAAGCGGCUGCGCGCGUGGGAGCUGCGGCAUUAUGGGUUUGUAUGUGGGUGUGAGGCGUGUGGGGAUGAGGAGGAUGUGAGUACUGCACUUCAGGACAUCCCCGCGUACAAGAGCGCGCAGCGGCGCUGGCAGAUCCAGGAGCUCGAGCGCGAGACGCGGUUCCUCCGGGGCUCGAGACUGGCGGACGGCGCGAAGGAGCCCGAGUUUGCGAAUAAGCUGCUUAAGAUGGCGGUGCUGUUGCAGGAGGAGGGCGCGUGGGAUGCGCGGCUUGCGGGGGUGUUUCUGGACAUCGCGCUGGUGUGCGAGGUGGGUCGUGACUACAAGAUGGGGGUUGCGGCGGGCGAGAAGGCGCUGCUGGUCAAGAGGGAUUGCCAAGGCAUCGACUUCCCGGAUUACAAGAAGUAUGCGGAGGCUGUGGAGAGGAUCAAGGCGAGUAGGAGGCGUGAGGUGGGCGAGACGGAGAACUGGAAGGCCUAG